AGCAGCCAGUCCAGGGGGCUCUGAUCACCGACAGGGUCCUUAGGAUCUACUGAAAUAGAAAUACUGAAUAACCGGAACAGCCAGACAUGGUCAGACCCAGGGUCUGCCUAGCCCAGUCUCUGAUGUCACAGCACCAGCUGCUGCAGAGGAAGGUGCAGUAACCCCCAGAAUACAGACACCAGGGCGGUGUGUGGAGAGCAAAGCGAUUCUUCCUGACCCCCUCGGCCAGAAGUUGAAGCAGGGAGGCCUGGCCCAUGCCAGCUGUGGGGAGGGGCCUUCUAGAGCAGAGGCUGUGUGGUCACCCCUUGGAGCAGGGCGCUGACAGCAACUGUGGGGCAGGCAGAGCUGCCCUGCAUUGGGAAAGGUCUUGGAGCUGUUCCUCUCCCGGUCAAGGUGGGAGUUGACCCCAGGAUUCCACGUGAAGCCAGUCUGAGCCCUUGCAGCAAGAUGCCCUGAUGUUUGCCCUUCUCUGUAAAGAGCAGAUCUAUUGGAGACUGGUGGAUGCACAAGUAGUGGCUGCGAAACACCAGUAAGAGAAUGAGUGAAAGAGACAUACAGAGUUUGAGCAAAUGGGUAUUGGUGCUCACUCUCUGCCUUAUCACGCUAUGGGGAAGAUUGACACUGGCCUCAUCACAUCACAGAAGCCAUUCAGUGCACAUAGAGCCUGGCACAUGCGAAGUCAUCGCCGCCCACAGAUGCUGCAAUAAGAACAAGAUCGAAGAGCGCUCCCAGACAGUGAAAUGCUCCUGCUUCCCGGGGCAGGUGGCGGGGACGACUCGCGCGGCUCCCUCCUGUGUGGAUGCCUCCAUAGUCCUCCAGAAGUGGUGGUGUCAGAUGGAGCCAUGUCUAGAAGGGGAGGAGUGUAAGGUGCUGCCAGACUUGUCAGGAUGGAGCUGCAGUACUGGCAACAAAGUCAAGACGACCAAGGUCACCCGGUAGUUGCUGUGGAACUCUUUCCUGAGGGUUUCUCUGGCAGGCGUCUGCAUUGUGACGGCCAGCAUUGCGAAAUGGCACAAUCUUAUGUUCGUUCAGCUGCAGGAAGUUCCUGUCAUGUUCUGCAGAGCCGUGAACGGGACUUUCUGGUGGCGGCAGGAACGCAGCAGUUUUGGGAUAGGAUGGCUGUCCCUCUAAGCACUUUAUGGUUCUGACUACAGUGCAUCUGACAGCGGACUCAUGCUCACUCCUUGGAGUGGCACUGAGGAUUACAGAGAAGGGGACGGAUGCACUCCUCUGGCCUGGAAUACUGGGAAACCUCCCUUUUGGAAGUGAAAAACCAUGCUAGCUACUGGUUAAUGCCACCUCUGCGGUAUUGAAGCAGCGAUUGCUAUUGAGGCAAUGGUAAUGGGUACUGAAUGCAGUUGCAAGACUUCCUUUCACUCCAUGUUUUCCCUCUGCAUCAGGGGUGCACAUGCCAAGAAAUUCUUGAGUCAGGUAGACUGUAUUGACAAUUACAAAGAGAAAAAAUGGCUUCCUUCGUUUCCUGCCACAUAUUCAGAUAGGAUAAAAUAAUUGCCAGGAGAACCAUAUUUUCCCCCAAGGUCUUGAAUAGGUGUCAUUGUCAGGGUUUUAGAAAUCAAUGUCUAAAUCUUCCCCAUCUUUGUUUCAUUGUUUUUUAAUGAAGACCAGUUUCCGGGAAGAGUUCCUGCAGACAGGGGUCAGAUUCCGAUCUGUCUUCCAUUGGCAUAAAACUGGAGUAACUCCACUGAAGUCCAUGGGGAGAUGCUCUGUCUUUGUCUCAGGGUGACUGAGAUCAGAAUCUGGCCUACUGUUUAGCAGAAAUGACAGUGCAGACUGAAACAUCUGAUGCUUUGCUGAAGACACCUGACGUCAGAAGCGAGGCUGGUUUUUCCUUGCUCGUUAAUUGCACUGAUCAGGCUUUUAGUUCCAAAUCUGAGCGCUGUGAUCCAGGUCAUAGGAGCCAAAUUACUGCUCAUGUUUGCAACAGCAUUUCAGAUUAAUGCAGGGGGGGAGCAAAUUUCUCUCUGUUUGGUCUUGUUGUGCCUGGUGCAGUUUACUUUGUUAUCCA